AUGACCGUCAACACAACAGUCCUAGACGCACUAAUCGUCGGCGGCGGGUUCGGUGGUGUCUACCAACUCAAACGUCUCCGCGAAGAGGGUUACAAUGUCAAACUCGUCGACAUGGCCUCUGACUACGCAGGUGUAUGGUUCUGGAACAGAUAUCCCGGUGCUCGAGUUGACAGUGCCAUACCGCACUAUGAGUUCUCCGACCCGGAAUUAUGGCGUGACUGGAACUGGACGCAACGCUUUCCCGGCAGUGCUGAGCUGAGAGAGUACUUCUCAUACGUUGCUAAGAAGUGGGAUCUCCGCAAGGACACCUUCUUCAACACGUAUAUCUCUAAGGCUGUUUGGAAUGAAGAAGGGAACAGAUGGGAGAUUGAGAGUAAAGAUGGGAAGAAAUUUGUCGCGCGAUACUUACUCUUGAACACUGGCUUCGCAGCCAAGCGUCAUACGCCUGACUGGAAGGGUAUCGACAAGUUUGGUGGUCUUUGGAUCCAUCCUUCAUACUGGCCUGAAAAGGAACGUGAUCUGAAGGGUAAGAAGAUCGCUGUCAUCGGAACCGGCUCCACGGGCGUACAGCUCGCACAGGAGCUUAGCCAAGUUGCAAGCGAGUUUGUGCUCUUUCAACGUACACCCAACAUGGCAUUGCCCAUGAAACAGAUCGAAUACUCUCGCGACGAUAAGUCAAUUUCCGAAGAGCGCUAUAACGAGGUCUUCAAAGGUCGACAUGCUAGUUUCGGGGGAUUCGACUUUAACUUUUAUCCUCACGACACUUUUAGCGAUGAUGCCGAGACGCGUCGGGAAGUGUAUGAAGAACUAUGGAGCCAUGGCGAUUUCAAGUUCUGGCUUGCGAACUACCAAGACAUGAUCUUUCGAGAGGACGCCAAUGCAGAGGCCUACAAGUUCUGGAAAUCCAAGGUUCGAUCUCGCGUCAAGGAUCCCCGUCUCCAAGAGAUCCUGGCCCCAGAGAAACAGCCAUACAGCUUUGGUUGCAAGCGGAUUUCUCUUGAGAACGGUUUCUAUGAGAUCUUCAACCAGUCCAACGUCUCCUUGGUAGACGUCAACGCCACGCCAGUUGUUGAAGUCACAGAGCGUGGUAUAAAGACAACUGAGAAGGAGUGGAAGUUUGACGUCGUAGUUUGCGCGACCGGUUUCGAUGCCAUCACUGGUGGUCUGAAGGGUAUCAACAUUCAAGGCGCUUCGGGUGUGAAACUUGCUGAUAAGUGGGAGACUGGUGCGAAAACGUAUCUAGGCAUGGCUGUUGCUGGGUUUCCGAAUAUGUUCUUCACAUAUGGACCUCAAGCACCGACGGCGUUGUGCAAUGGUCCGACAUGCGCUGAAUCUCAGGGCGAGUUCAUUAUCAAGGUUAUGAAGUACAUGUCGACUCAUGGGCGUCAUAAAAUUGACGCUUGUGAAAACGCAGAAGCUGAGUGGGGAGCAAAAGUCCGCGACAUCGCUAGUGCUUCUCUUCUACCCAGUACCAAAUCAUGGUAUAUGGGUGAUAAUAUCCCAGGCAAACCGCGCGAGUGCUUGAUCUACCUUGGCGGCGUUCCGACUUAUACCAAGACGCUGAAAGACUGUACUGAAAAUGGCUUCCAGGGGUUUCAGCUGAAAUAG